UGUGUCUGUAAAAGCCCCUACUCGCGGGCACACGCGCGGCUCUCCCCCUGUCUCUCAGUAGCCGCUCUGGGGGUCUCUCCCUCUCUCUCUCCCGCUCUCUCUCUCAGUGUGAGUGAGUGUCUCGCGCCCUCUCUCCCGCUCGCGCUCGCUCUCUCUCUCAGUACCGGAUCAUGGUGCCCGGCGUGUGCGCCCGCAAGUCCGCGGCGCGCCGCUCCCGCUCGGCGCUGAUCGUGGCUCUCACGGUUCUCCUGCUGCAGACGCUCGUCGUGUGGAACUUCAGCAGCCUGGACUCGGGCGACGGCGCCGGGGAGGACGGCGCAGCGGCCGCCGGCGGAGGUGGUGGAGGAGGAGGCGGCGGAGCGAGAGGAGCAAGGGGCGCUGGAGGCGCUGGAGGCAGGGAGAAGAGGGACCGGCUGGCCGCCGUCGAGUACCCGAGAGGAGGCGCGCACAGGCGGCAGCAGCAGCCGCCGCCACCGCUGGGGAGAGCGGCUCUCAGACACAGACAGCAGCCGGAUGUCUACUACUCCCACCGGCCCAAGGAGAAAGUCCGCGUCGACAGCAACAACGAGAAUUCGGUACCGAAGGACUUCGACAACAUAGACAACAGCAACUUCGGCAAACCCACCAAACACAAGCAGGAGCUGCUGGAGAAAGCCCACGCCCAGCGCGGUCUGGCCAAAAGCUCCAACGAGGUGGUGCGCUACGGUGCCAACGGACCCAACGGCACGCGGGCGGGGCACAGACCGGGCUCCUCCCACUCCACCCCGCAUCCCCAACCCCACCGCCACCAUGUCCAGCAGUCCAAACGCCCGGCAGCCCCGACGCCAGACAUCAAGUACGACCAGCCGCCCAAAUGCGAGAUCACGGGCAAGGAGGCCAUCUCCGCCCUCUCCCGCGCCAAGACCAAGGAGUGCCGGCAGCAGAUCGCCGAGGUGUACUGCCGCCACAAAGAGAAGCAGCUCAUGCCUGAGAAGGUCACUCGCUACUGCCCCCUAGAGGGCAAGGCGAGUAUGAACGUGCACUGGGAGGACGACUCCAUGGAGACGGUGCCGGCGGUGCCCGUGCGGAUCGCCUUCGUGCUGGUGGUCCACGGCCGAGCCGCCCGCCAGGUUCAGCGUCUCUUCAAGGCCAUUUACCACACCUCCCACUUCUACUACAUCCACGUGGACCAGCGCUCUAACUUCCUCCACCGGCAGAUGAUAGCUCUUUCUAACCAGUACCCCAACGUACGGGUCACUCCCUGGCGCAUGUCCACCAUCUGGGGCGGAGCCAGCCUGCUGAGCAUGUACCUGCAGAGCAUGAGGGACCUGCUGGCCAUGCCCGAGUGGCCCUGGGACUUCUUCAUCAACCUGAGCGCCGCAGAUUAUCCAAUCAGGACUAAUGAUCAGCUGGUGGCCUUUCUGUCCAAAUAUCGUGAUAUGAACUUCAUCAAAUCCCACGGCAGAGACAACGCACGCUUCAUCAGAAAGCAGGGUCUGGACCGGCUGUUCUUCGAGUGUGACACGCACAUGUGGCGUCUGGGGGACAGGAAGAUUCCUGAGGGCAUCUCGGUGGACGGAGGCUCUGAUUGGUUCCUGCUGAACCGAGCGUUUGUGGAAUAUGUCAUCAACUCGCAGGACGACCUCGUGACCAGCAUGAAGCGCUUCUAUGCCUACACACUCCUGCCUGCUGAGUCGUUUUUCCACACCGUGCUGGAGAACAGCCCGCACUGUGAGAGCAUGGUGGACAAUAACCUGCGCAUCACCAACUGGAACAGGAAGCUGGGCUGUAAGUGCCAGUAUAAACACAUCGUGGACUGGUGCGGCUGCUCGCCCAACGACUUCAAACCCUCCGACCUGCCACGCUUCCAGCAAACCACCAGGCCCACGUUCUUCGCCCGGAAGUUUGAGGCCAGCGUCAACCAGGAGAUCGUCAACCAGCUGGACUCCUUCCUGUUCGGCAGCCUCCCUCAGGGAACGCCGGCUCUCAGCUCGUACUGGGAGAACCUUUACGACGAGGCGGACGGCGUCCACAGCCUGAGCGACACCCUGCUCACACACCUCCACGCCUUCGCCCGCCUCGGCCUCACCCGCGCCACCAGCUCCCUGCAGGGAGACUCCAGCGACAACCACUGCAGGUACUUUGCCAUGGGACAUCCUGUGUCUGUCCAUCUUUACUUCCUGUCUGACGAGUUCCAGGGAUACCUGGUGAGGCAUCACGCCACCAAUCUGGCCACCAGUAAGCUGGAGACCCUGGAGACCUGGGUCAUGCCCAAGAAGUUCUUCAAAUUCACCAAUCCGCCCAACACCUUCAACAGGCUGCAGUUAGCAGAGAUCGGGACGGACUGGGACGCUAAAGAGAGGAUCUUCCGGAACUUUGGGAAUCUGAUGGGUCCGAUGGACGAGCCGGUCGGGAUGCAGAAGUGGGGUAAAGGUCCGAACGUGACGGUGACGGUGGUCUGGAUCGACCCCACCAACGUCAUCGCCGCCACCUACGACAUCCUGAUCGACGCCAGCGCCGAGUUUACCCACUACCGCCCCCCGCUGAACCUGCCGCUGCGGCCCGGCACGUGGACGGUCCGGGUGCUGCACCACUGGAGCCCCGUGGCUGAGACGCGCUUCCUCAUCACCCCCCUCACCCACCACAAACACCUGCCUAUCCGCCAAGAGGACGCCUUGAAGAUGCACAACGGUCCGGCUAAGAACAGCUACAUGGAGCAGAGCUUCCACGGGCUCAACCCCAUCCUGAACAUCCCGGUGCACCUGGGCGAGGUGGAGGCGGCCGAGCACAACGCCGGGCUGACCGGCGCCAAGCUGGAGCGCUGGGUGGACGGGCUGGUGGGGGACGUGUGGUCGGCGGUGGACGUGUGCUCCACGGCCCCCAGUGGCUGCCCCGUCAUGCAGACGUGCCGGGAGACGUCCUGGAGCUCCCUCAGCCCGGACCCUAAAUCUCAGCUGGGCUCGCCCAGAGCCAACGGCAGGAUCAGGUAGCAGCAGCCGCCGCGGCUCCCGCUGAGACCUGCCACACCUGAUUGUGCUGUUAGUUCAUCUUACUGUUCUUAUUUAUUUUAUUUCUCUGUGGUUUUAUACCGUCACUCAUACCAAUCUGAGUGUGAUCGCCCUCCUCGGCUCUCGGACACGGCGCCAUCCGCCCAGCGGGGGCGCGAGAGCUCGCGCGCCGAGAACUUUACGCCGGGAUUCUCGCUGCGGGCGCUGUACCUGUAGUGCUGUGAGUGCUGUCCAGCUUUUCUCCUCUUAUUUAUUUUAGGUUUGAAAACUGAAAUAACUGUGACUGAACCUUAAACGGACGAGAACGAGAUGCCUUCGCUGCUGGACGCUCGAAAUCAAAAAUCAGAAAUCAUAUUUAAAAAAAAAAGGUCUUUGAAAAGCACAGAACGGACCUAAACGUUGGUGGUGUGACCAAAAGGCGGAGCUUCUGCAGCAAGCUUUUUGUGUCUUUUACGAUGCAAAAUAAUAACAAAAACACACUAAAAUAACAGAGGGAGGGGAAAUUCCACUCAAAUAUCUGAGAUAUCUGCGUAUAAUUAGCUGAAUAAGUAGCUGAGAUAAAAAAAGGUAAUUCAGAGAGGGAUUGGUGUGAAAUGAUGAAUGAUCACAGUGAGAAUUGAUCACACUGGUGGUGAAUGGAUCAAAACCUCAAAAAAGUGUCAAUUCCGUUAAGUCUAAUUUAUUUUGGCCACAACUGAUCAAAGUACAUUUUUAAGUUGAACCUUUGAAGCUUAGAUUAAUGAUAAUUGUCUCUAAUAUAAUAACUAAUAAUUACACAUUAACAAUCCAUGUAAUAACAGUGUAAUUACUAGUGAACUACUAGUUAAGUACACCUUAUUACAGAUUAAUUACAGUUGUACAGGUUAUAUAAUUACUCAUGGGAAAAGUAAGAUAAAUGAUGCUAGACAGAUAUAAUCUCUAGUCUCUAGUAGAUAUAUAAUGCAUUUUACUUUUGCAUUUUACUAAAAACAGCUAAAAAAAAAAGUAGUACCCAGAUGUGAUAAUUAGGGUAUUUCAGGGUGUAAUAUCAUAAUCACAAUAUUCAAAAAUAUUUGGUCAUAUUAUUGCGUAUGAUACAACAUGGCACACCCCUGUGUGAUUGGCCAGUAUUUAAGCUUAGAGUUUCCCUGAGAAAAAUAUGUAUAUCCCAAUAGGUGUACACACAUGCAGGGCAUUUUUUAAAUACAGAGAGUCCCUAACAAAAAGCAUAAUUGUUUAUAUUUACGUUAAUUUUACCUUUAUUGACAUUACAUACUGUAUAAAACACAUGGUGGUGGUAGGAUCACUGGAUCACAUACACCACAUAUAUCACUGAAUGUCCUGAAGCCUUGUUCCAUUCACAACCAGUAUAAUAAACAAAUCUGUUUUUUUUAUAUAUUUCUUCAAAAUGAACCACAAUUUCACACCUAACCCACUCUGAAUUGAACUAAAUCAAUUACGCAGGAUCUUUUUUGGAAGAUUGGGAUUUUUUGGGGGGAUAUUUGGUGGAAUUUCUCUUCUGACUCUACUGAUUAGCCCAUGAGUUACUGCUCGGUAAUACACUGAAGCAGUGCUUCAUGGGCUCGCCUACAUAUAUAUAUAUAUGUGAAUGUUGGAUGUAUUGCCAAGUAGAGUUGAACAAGGCCACACUCCCACAUUUCCACCAGUGCAAGACAGAGCGAGAGACGCUUCUUUGACCUGCCGGGCUGCCUCUCUCUCUCUUUCUCUCUCUCUUUUUUUUCUCUCUUUCACUCUCUCUCUCUCUCUCUUUUCUCUCUCUUUCUCUCUAUCAGCUUUCUGAACUCUGCCUGCCUGUACGACAUGCUGUCGCCUGCAGGCUGCCUGACUUGAAACGGAAGGUGUCAGCUGUGCUGGCACACAGAGGGGGGGAUUAAAAAAAAUAAUGAUCAAAAAAAUAUCAAUAAAUUUAAAAAAUAUAUAUAUUAUUCUGUUAUUUUAUUUUUUUCCCCCUGAAGUGGAAGAUUUACUGUGUUAGGGUGAGGGGGACUGAGCUGGCUAUUUAUUCAUGUGUUUAUAUAAAUGAAAUGGGUAUUUUUUUAGUCAAUGACUAAUGUCUAUAUGCUGUUUUUGCAGCUCGAUCAAUACCUUUUUUUGUAAGCAAGCUGCCUUUAUUUACAAAGGCCAAAUCACCCCGAACGUAGAACUCUAUAAAACUUUACAAAAAUGAGAAAUAAAGAGAAAUAAAGACAAACACGCUCGAUUCUUAUAUUACAUUCCUUCACCUUCACCUUCCCUGAGGUUCAUCUUGAUGUACUUGAUGCUUGGAAGACUCUGAAAGUAUUGUAUUGUGUUGUUCUUCUGCUGAUCUGAGGA